AGUACUGAGUGCAAUGCUCGCAAAUGCGAAAUGCUCGCAGAGUGACAAAAUCAAAACAGUUCAAAGCCAUAAAAAAUAAAUGCAUUCCGAAAAAUGUGGCAGGCAUCGUUUGAUAAAUUUAAAUUAAACGUGUUUUAAAUGCACAAACGAUAGCCGGCCGAGAGUCGAAAAAUAUAAUUAAUUGUCAUUAGGCGGAAUGAAAAGCCCCAAACAGGAGCGUUGAAACAGUUGUAAACAAGUUGAAAAUAAAUAAGGCAUUAUCGGGGCCUUAAGAUCUCCAGAUUGCCAGUGAAAUCCAUUGACCCGAAACACUAAUGGUGCAGAAUCUAUAAUAACAUAUUAUGCCUUAUGCGAACCGGCUUGGCAAACGCAAAAUAUGGAAAAUAAUAGUAAACCAAAUACAAAACUCACACUUUAUGGACAUGGGCGGGUGCAUAAUUUUCGGUGGGAUGAUACACGGUCGAUCAUCGAAAUCAUCGGGCAACGAAACGAAAAACGAAGAAAAAUGAAUAAAUGGAAACCAGUUUGAUCGAAUAUACAAUAUAAUAAAACCUAAUUCGACAGCAUUCUUUUGGCCGUGCAUAUAUUGUAGAAACUUUUUUAUGAUAAUGAUAAUGAAAACGGCCAAAAACGGUCAACGGCGGUCAGCAGCAAAAAUAACGAAAAAUAUAGGCAGAAUGUGAAUAACAGCAGCAGCCGAAAUCACUCAUCAUCUGAAUGGAAUAAAACUAUGUUAAUGUUAUUAAGUCACCCGGUGUCCAUUUGCCAUCUUCUUCUCCUUGUCCAGCUCAUCCACCACCUGACCUUGAGCUUCUGGCUCGUUUCAUUUGUUGCCACCUGGUCGGCCUGGUUGGGCGGGAGGCGGAGUGGCGUGCGCCUACUGAGCCUUGUAGCAACAUCCUUAAAUUCAUCCCGUGUACACAAAUAUUUUGACUAAAUGCCACUUAGCAAUUCAAAUUAAUUUUCAGCUUCCACUCGCCCUGAGCCUGGUCUUUCGCUAGGACACGCCUGACUGCCGCCUGCCAGUUUCCCAGGAUGCCAGAUUGCAAGUGGAGUGGCUCUGGCCUAAGUCGAAAUUGAUGAGCCCCCGUAAGGGGCGUUAUGAAAACAUUGUCUGCGAGCGAAAGCUUCGAUUAAGAAUACAUGAGCAGAAGUCUGAAAUUUCCAAAGAAAUUCGAAAAUAAUAGUGCGCAUAUACUGCUACCAGGGGACACAAGAGCACAACAGCACACACUCCACACACACACACACACCCCAUGGCAGUCAAAAUGCUGCCCACUAACAGUUCCGGUGUCCUGGCAACCGAUCUGCAACUGUUUCACAAUGAGAAAUUCCUUUUAAAUCUGACGCAAGUGCUGAACAUCUCCGCGGACAACCUGACGAGCCUUCUUCAGGGCCUUGAGCCGAACGAGCUGCUGCCAACGGUGACCUCGAUGACCCCACUUUCCCUGCUGGCCACCCUAAGCGUGGGCUACGCCCUCAUAUUUAUCGCUGGCGUUCUGGGCAACCUCAUCACCUGCAUCGUUAUUUCGCGGAACAACUUUAUGCACACGGCCACAAACUUUUAUCUAUUUAACCUGGCUAUAUCCGACAUGAUUUUGUUAUGCUCAGGAAUGCCGCAGGACCUCUAUAACCUCUGGCACCCGGAUAAUUAUCCCUUUAGCGACAGCAUCUGCAUAUUGGAGAGCGUUCUCUCGGAAACGGCGGCCAAUGCGACAGUUUUGACCAUUACCGCGUUCACAGUAGAGCGAUAUAUUGCCAUUUGUCAUCCGUUCAGGCAGCACACGAUGUCCAAGUUGUCACGGGCCGUAAAGUUCAUAUUUGCCAUCUGGAUAGCUGCCCUUUUGCUGGCCCUGCCCCAAGCCAUCCAGUUCUCCGUGGUGAUGCAGGGCAUGGGAACAUCGUGCACGAUGAAAAACGACUUUUUCGCCCAUGUGUUUGCUGUGUCGGGUUUCCUCUUCUUCGGCGGACCCAUGACGGCCAUCUGCGUGCUCUAUGUCCUCAUCGGGGUGAAGUUGAAGCGGAGUCGGCUCCUGCAGGCGCUUCCCAGGCGAUGUUACGAUGUGAACCGGGGGAUAAGCGCCCAAACGCGAGUCAUCCGGAUGCUGGUGGCUGUGGCCGUGGCCUUCUUCAUCUGCUGGGCCCCCUUUCACGCCCAGCGCCUGAUGGCGGUCUAUGGAUCCACCUCGGGCAUUGAGUCCCAGUGGUUCAACGACGUGUUCAGCAUUCUCGACUAUACGUCCGGUGUUCUCUACUUCCUCUCAACGUGUAUUAACCCGCUGCUCUACAACAUCAUGAGCCACAAGUUUCGUGAGGCUUUCAAGGUAACUUUGGCUAGACACUUUGGACUGGGUGGCAAAAAUCAGGGAAGGGGGCUUCCUCAUACCUACAGCGCCCUUCGCCGUAAUCCAACGGGCUCCUUACGGCUGCACACAACGGACAGCGUUCGGACUACGAUGACUUCCAUGGCGACGACCACCACAGGACUAAAUGGCUCUGCCAAUGGCAGUGGCAAUGGAACGACAGCGGGUCAGUCGGUGCGCCUGAACCGCGUGUCCAUGGACAGCGUUCAGAUGCAGGGCCAGAAUCGCAGCCGGCAAGACCUCUUCGAUAAUCCGCGUCGAAUGCUCCAGACGCAAAUAUCGCAGCUGUCAUCGGUGGGCGAUGCCCAUUCCCUCCUGGAGGAGGAUUUGCAGUUCCCCGGGGAGCCACUGCAGCGCCAGCCCACGAUGUGCUCCAUUGACGAGCUCACAGAUGACUUGGCCAUCUCGCGGUCACGCCUCAAACUUACGCGCAUCACCCGCCCACUGGGAGCUGGGGCGGGGGGCGUGGCAGGAGGUGCCACAACGGGGAGCUUGGGGCCAGGGGGUGUGAGCGGUGACGAGUCGAGUGGCAAAGUGCGCAAGGCGAAAGUAAAAGUGCUCAAGAGCUCGAGCGCCUUCAAGGGUCUCAAGGCCAAAUUCAAUUGGCGUGCCAGACGCAAAGGCAGCCAAAAACCGCACGAAAAGGGGACGACGGUGAAUGGAGGCGACACUGAAGAGCGGGCCGCCUUUUAAAGGGGCGAACAAGGGGGUUCAGCACAUGCUCCAUCUGUACUCGACAAACUAGGAGUCCAUUCCAGUGCCACCUACGUACAUUACACACACACAACUGUGAUACGAGCAGCAAGCGCCUCUCCAGCUUGUUUGUGUUUUAAUUUAGACAAAUAUUCCACGUUGGGUUCAAUUAAAUGGUUGUCCUUACCAAUAACCGCAAUAUAGCCCAAAGCUAUAGUUUGAAUUAUAGUUCAAGGUCACGAAAUUGAAUAAACUAUGUAGCUUAUACUCAGUUCAAAAA